UUCCAGUAGCACCACAGGCGGCUGCUGCACAAAGACAGAAAGAAAGAGGGACAGCUAGAUGAAUGAAAAUUAAAAAGAGAACAUAAGUUGUUCAAGUUAACAUCCGGCUCUCCUAAAUUAUUUAAAUUUAGUGCAUUUUUUACCUUUCAAGUUUUAUAUUUAUAUUUUUAUUGAAGAAGGCCCUUUGUGUGAAAAAAGAGAAAAUGACGAGUCUGCUGUGCAUCACAAUAAUCUCCCUGACUCUGGCUGCCAGUGCAUACAGUUAUGUGUUGAGCUCACCGCCACCAGUAACAGUUCAGGUUAUUGCUGAACUAGGUGCCAAUGUCACCCUGCCCUGCCAACUCCUGUCCAUGGACACUAUGUCCUUUGGUUCCAUUGGUAUGAAAAUCAAAUGGACCAAGGUGGCAGAUGAUGAGGCACUGAAUGAGGAUGUGCUGCUUUCAAUGGGAUUCCACAAGAAGACUUAUGGCAGCUUUGAGGACCGAGUCUUCUUGGAGGAGAAGGACAAUGAAGAUGCUUCCUUAGUAAUAACGGAUAUCUCCAUGGAUGACACAGGAAAAUAUCGCUGUGAGGUCAUCAACGGGGUGGAAGACACCAUCCAGGAGAUUACCUUGGUGGUCCAAGGUGGUCUCAUUGAUGGUGUUGUGUUCCCAUACUCCCCCCAUUUUGGUCGCUACAACAUGAACUUCGAUGAAGCUGUGCAGGCUUGUGAGGAACAAGAUGCUGUGGUCGCCUCCUACGAUCAGCUGCUUGAAGCCUGGAAGAGGGGCAUGGACUGGUGCAAUGCUGGCUGGCUGAAUGAUGGCACAGUGCAGUAUCCCAUCAACAAACCCAGAGAGCCUUGUGGUGGCUCCAACAAUGGACCUGGUCUCAGAACCUAUGGUCGUCAAGACAAAAACCAGAGCCGCUAUGACGUAUUCUGCUAUGCUUCUGCACUCAAAGGACGUUUCUAUUGGCUUGUCCAACCCGACAGACUGACCUUUGAUGAAGCUGUGCAGGCGUGCUUAGAUGAUGGUGCAGAAAUUGCCAAAGUGGGCCACAUUUAUGCAGCCUGGAAGCUUGAGGGUUACGAUCGCUGCGAUGCUGGCUGGUUGGCUGAUGGAAGCGUCCGCUACCCAAUCUCCAGACCCCGCAAGAACUGCAGCCCCACAGAAGCUGCAGUGCGCUUUACUGGGUUCCCAGACAAAAUGCAAAAGUCUUCUGGUGUAUACUGCUACAAGCAGUGAGCAGUGAGGUGGUAGAUAACAGUAGGGAAGCCAUAACCACCAAAGAGCAGCACAAACACAACCAGUAAAAUCAUCAUUACAAAAUAAGCUCUGGAUCUUUACUAGCAUGAAGUCGAUAUUUUAUUGAAACUGUGAUAACCAUUUUUAAUGCCUAGAAACAAAUACUGUACAUUGUACAUCCAUAUACAAUCAAUUGCAAAAUAUUUUGUAGCCAGUACGUUCUGUUUUUCUCAACUAUGCUUUCAUUAAUUUUACAUAAAUUGUUGGGGAAAAGGAAAUAGUGUUAAUGUAUGAGUGAUGAGACAGAGACAAAAACUUGAUGGUUGUAAGACUUCAUCUAAGUUCAGUUUGUCCUCCACAGAAUGAUUCAAUGUAUGAAGUUCAAGAUUUAGAACACUUUAUACUCAUGUACAGAUGAUUUUUGCGGCUUUAUAAUUUUUCUAGAGAAACAUUAUUAUGCCUUUAUCAAGCACCACAUCAAUGAACGGCCAUUGAUUGAAUACACAGUAACGAAUAUAAUUUUGCUACCACUGUUAAGCUAAAUAUAUAUGUUAUACUGCAGUAAGUAUUCAACUGGAUUCCUCUCUUAUCAGAGUUGAGCCUCUUUUUCACCUCUAAAACUGCAGCAAUGUCCACCUGAGGAGUUGAGAUCAAAUUUACCGUUCGACGAGUAACUGAAGGUAAAUAACUUGAUGUACUGUGACCUGUUCUGCAUUAAUAACUCCCAUUAGAUUAACUUCCCAUUACAAAUUAAAUGUGUUUUUUACCCUUUUAAUGAUGUUAGUCACUAUAGCUUUUAAGCACGUUCAUAAAGUUCUUUUUAAAGAAGAACAGUUUCUGUCACUUGCAGACUUUUUGGAAAGUGUAGUUUUUAAAUAAUAUACAUCUGCACAUACAAACCUGCUACCAAAGACAACUCUGACUGUCUAACAGUAGUAGGAAUUCCAUAAGACAGACAAGACAACUAAUAUUACAGUAGUCACUGGCUAACAAAUGUAUUGGCUGAGAUCAACUCUGGCUGCAGUUUCACAAGUUUAUACUGAGGUAAUGGGUUGUAAAUGGUAAAGUUCCACUGAUCUUGGGUAAUACUGAUGGGUAAUACUUAUACUCCUAAAUAGAAUUUGUGUUGAUAGUAACAGAUAGCCUAAAGGUUUGCCACAAUCAGAAGGCAGCAUAAGUUACAAAAAUGUUUUUGUUACAUUAUCCCUUUCUGCUUUUUCUAAUCCUAUGCACUGACACAUGGUACUUACUGCAGGUUACAUGUGGUAACAUGACACAUUGUUGUUAAAAAUGUUUGUUACACACUUGUGCAUGAGAAAAGGGUAAAGGUGUUUUUGUAUCUUAUCACCAUGUACCGUUUUCAGCAAAGCAGUUUGAAAUAAAAAAUACAACUCUUUAA